AUGGAUCCUCCACAUGGAUGCAGGCCAUGGAGACCGUGCUUACUUCACCAUCCCCACCACCAUCUCCACCAUCGCCACCACCACCACCACCAUCCCUUGUUCCUCUGCCCUCACCAUCACCACCACCAUCAUCUUCAUCACCAGAACAAUCGCACCCUCUUCAAUUGCCACGUACACACCAAUUUUGCUCCUUUUCCUCAAAACCCAGAACACUCUGCUGCCGCUGCUGCUGCUAUUCCUUUUCAAACCCAUUCGAUUUCAGAGACUUCUGGAGCAUUGCAGGAGCAACAGAAGCAUGGUGAAAUUGGUGAUGUUGUUGGGUUUGAAGAAGAAGAGGAAGAGGAUGAUGACCCAGUUUUCGUCUUAACAGAUGAGUGGAAGGAGUUCUUUGCUAAAUCUGAAGCUAAGAGGAGACUAGAGAAGCAGCAGGCAAAGAAGAAGAGAAAAGGCUAA